AAGUUUCCAUAUUUCCACUUCUUUUCUUCUCCAGACUUUCUGUUGAUUCAACCGCAACCAAUUAACGAAUCAAAUCAGAUAGAAUCAAUUUUCAGCUAUACCAAUUGCUACCCAAUCGUCAAUCUGGUUCUCGUAUCUAGUUCUUGUCUAGAUUGCAGAAACUGACAGAAAAUUUGACUUUGCCUCUUCUCUCCUCCCUUACUCCACUCCGGCCCAUUUCACUCUUUCAAUCAUCUCAACCCAACUGUGGCCGCCAUGGACUCCUACACCAACUGGGAAGAAGUCAACUCUGCCACGAGAGCCAUGCCUUUGCCGCAUGAGAAUUUCGACCAGUACUUUGCUGAAUACGAUGAGAUAGACAAUCUUUUCAACGAAACAUUAACAGGACUCCAAGAUUUGGAUGUACCUUCCGGUUUUGCUAGUCAGCUCCAGGACAAACUCGAGACACCUAGCCACCAAAAACAUGCUAGAAAAACUAGUGGAACGGCCAUUUUUGGAUUUGUAGAUCAUACGAGAGAAUUGUCCAUCACAGGGUUGGCAAAUGACUUGUACAAGCCAAUCAAGCAAUCUCUCGACUUGGGCAAGUCGAUUUCUCCUGGUGAAUUGUUGAAGUCAUUGAAUGCCCUGCAAUCGCAACAGUUUGAUUUUGAAGUCGACCCCAUUGUUCAGAAGCCAAUCUUAUUACUUGAAGAAGACGAGUUGAAUGAACAGCAGAAAGCAUCAAAGGACAUAAUUCCAGCAUCUUUGCCCCAAUCUUCACCAAUGCGAUUACAGCCAAAACAGGAAGAGUACAUUGUCACCAAUGAGAGUCCCAAGUCGUACAAAUUUCCACCUUCACCUUCUCCCUCUCCUUCGAGAGAAAGAAUACCAGCAAAUGGAAACGCCAGAUUUCAAACAGUUAACAAUUACUCAGUCAAGUAUCUUCAAGAGUUAAACAACCAAGGAGCAAAUCUACAACAGAAUUACGUUGAUGAUAUAGAGCCCUUGAUUGAUGGAACUGGAUCAGAGCAGAAGUCAAACUUCAAUGUCAACAACAACCAAAUAAAGUAUAUUCCAAUUCCAAUUCAACAACCUGUUGUAUAUAAAAAGGAAAACGAAUCCCCUUCAGUACAGCAAUUUCAGCAGGCACAAUUUCAACAGCAAGCACAACAGCAAGUACAACAACAUUCCAAUACCUACUUGCCUCCUCCUUCUCCUCCAUCGUUGUCUAAUGCCUCUCCAGAGCUAUCUUCUUCUCCAGAUCCCUUAUCUCCAUCUCCAAACCGUUCUGUAAUCAGUGGUUACGAAUCACAGAAGUUCUCUUCUCCAUUGCAUCCUCAAUUGAGAAAUGCCAAUGUCAACUUCUACUCUCCACAGUUCUUCUCGGAGUCAGACAAUGGGAGCUUCUACCGCAAUAACGAUGGAAGCAAUAUUCUGCAACAGCAGCAGAUGAAUUCAUCUCCUGGAUAUUCCAACUCUCUGUUGAGCUCUUCGCCCGUUAAAUAUUACACCAGUCCUAUAAGAGUACCCGGUGCUCUAGAAGAAGUUGAAGAUGCAAAUGCAACCAUAACGCAGUUGACCCCUUUGAGAAAUCAAUUCCCAUCCACUCCAGCAAGAAACCAAGUUACCUUGGAAUGGAGUCCUGUAAUAUCGCCAAGUGCUAAAGCUUCCAAAGAUGUCAAAAAACAUAUCCAACAAAGCACACCCAGAAGAAGGGUAAAGAAAACUUCGUUACUUCCUCCAGGAGAGUUGGACCAGUACUGGGAAGGUCCCGAUGAAGAUAAGAUCUACACUUGCACCUACAAAAACUGUGGAAAGAAGUUCACUAGGCGGUACAAUGUCCGUUCCCAUAUCCAAACCCAUUUAAGUGAUCGUCCUUUUGCCUGUGCUUACUGUCCUAAACGAUUUGUAAGACAGCACGAUUUGAACAGACAUGUUAAGGGCCAUCUUGAGGCCAGACACUGUCGUUGUCCAUGCGGAAAGGAAUUUGUCCGUUUGGAUGCCUUGAAAAAGCAUAGAGAGCGUAACAUUUGCGUUGGAGGAAUAGCCAGCUCUACCAACCAUUGUAUUACAAAACCUCAACCCAAGAAGAAAGACUCGGUCUACAGUGAACUUAUGAUAUCUAAGGUGAAAGAAAACCAGGACAAGCUUCUU